AUGUCUGAAGAAUCCGCACCGCCUGUGGCACCUGCAACACAAACGUCAGCACCCUCAAUACCCCGCUAUUUCCGUAAUGAUGCGCCGUUGGCACGACGAGAUCCUCACAAACAACUGUUAGCGUCGUUGGACCGGUUGAUCACCGACUAUCCUCCGCAUCAUGUUCCGCCGGGCGGUGGCUUAUACUACGGACCCAUCUCGGUCGCCUUUUUGUUCUACGCCCUACACAACAUCUACCCAGAUCUAACCCUCGACGACUAUCCGUUGAAUACAUGGUCUGCCGCAUAUAUCGAACAGGCCCAAUCGCAUAUCAAGGAAUUCCUGGCGCCCUCUCCGAAGAAAUGUGGCAUAUCCAACGAUAUCAUGUCGCUACUCGCCCUGUACGCUGUUACAGCAAAAGACCCGGAUACGGUGAAAGAGUUAUGCGAUCAUGCUGCGGUCAUGCUUGAAGACGAAACUUCUAAUGAAUGGCUAUUUGGUCGUGCAGGCUAUUUGUACCUACUUCGACUGGUACGUGGGGCUUUCGGACAUAACAGGGAAAUCAUGGAGCUCAUAGAGGACACGGCCGACGAAGUCAUCGAAAACAUCAUGCAGAGCCCGCGUCCUUGGAAGUGGCACGGAAAAGCCUACGUCGGUGCUGUACAUGGCGCAAUUGGUAUCAUUACACAGAUAGUACUCACUGACCCGUCCUGGGCCGCUAAGCUAGAGGCCGAGCUGGGGGCAUUGCUGAGCUACCAAUACGAGAGUGGAAAUUUUCCUUCGUCUCUACCGCCGGGCCGUGACAAGCUCGUACAAGUCUGUCACGGCGCGCCUGGCGUUGUGACAUCGCUCUUGUCAAUUCGAAAGUAUUUCCCGGGACUCCACGAGCGUAUCGAUAAGGUCAUUGCAAAGGCCAGGGAAUGUAUUUGGGAGAGAGGGCUACUUACCAAGGAGCCAUGUUUGUGUCACGGCAUCAGUGGGAACGCACUUGCUCUAGACGGAAAACAAUUCGAGCACUUCUUAACUUACACCACAGGCCACGAGAUCAAGUCGAUGGCGAAGGAUGGUAUGCUUGAAAAGUCGGACGAUCCUUCGGCUUUGUGGUGCGGUGAGGCUGGUCGUGCUUGGGCUUGGGCGGUCGCAGACAAAGACCUGGACAAGAGACUUUUGGGUUACAAUGACAUUUAG